CAAAACCACCGAUCCGCUGCAGCGGAAACGGCCAACCCCAUCCACCACCCCCUUGCCGCCUCUCCGUCUAUACGCCUGACAGAAUAACUGCAUUGAACUUCAGGCUAUGUGAUAACUACUCUUGUGACGGCGACACUUACCACCCUAAUUCAAGGAUAAUCUUGCAUGUGCUCGAAGGAUUGCGCCAUUGUUGAUUUCUAAUCAAUCUUCCCCUCCGCAUUUGUAAAACACAAAUGAUAUAUUAUCAACCCCUACAAUGUCUCUAAUGAUAUAUUAUGCAUCAUGCAUCUCCGACAGGGGGAAUAAACACUCAUGGUUGUCUUGAAUCCACAUAGAUCCAUCUGCAAUUCCAUUCUCCUGCCAAUAUGUCCACUACCCCCCUUCGUACUGCUCUAAUCGGCUUGUCAUCCUCUGCCAUCACCUCCUGGGCGGCCGAUGCCCACCUGCCGGCAAUCCAGAGUACUGCAGGUCGAGAGCUCUACCAGAUCACAUCUCUCUGCAACAGCAGUGUGGCCGCUGCAGAAUCCGCCAUCCGGACUUACCAGCUGGACCCGACCACCGUAAAACCUUAUGGCAACCCAGAUGAUCUGGCCGCCGAUCCCGCCAUCGAUCUCGUCAUCUGCAAUACGCGCGUCGACAAGCAUUACGAGACCGUGCUGGCCAGUGUCCGCGCUGGCAAGUCCGUCUAUAUCGAGUGGCCCAUUGCUAGCUCGCUGGCCCAUGUGGACGACCUGCUCGCCGUAGCGGGUGCUAGUGGGGCGCGGGUGGCCGUAGGCCUCCAGGGCCGCUUUGCUCCCGCCGUGCUUAAAGUCAAGGAGAUCCUGCGCUCUGGCCAGCUGGGUCGCCUGCUGAGCACAGAGGUCCGUGGCUUUGGCGGCACGUUCGAUCGAGAGUUUCUGCCCCCGGGUCUGAAGUACUUUUCGCAGAAGGAAGUGGGCGGCAAUCCCAUCGUCAUUGGUUUUGGUCAUAUGAUUGAUUAUGUCCAAUCCGUCGUGGGGAAUGUGGUUGUCGGCACCGAUGAAGCGCGUACCCAGAUCCAGCGGCCUCGUAUCCGCAUUCGUGAUCCCCAGACACGGGAGUUCGUGGAAGUGGUUGACUCAGAUGUGCCGGAUUUACUGAGUGUGCAUGGGUCCCUGCCUGAAUCAUCCUAUACAGUCCCUGGGGCCAGUCUCGUGGCAUAUUUUGCGCGAGGUCAACCUUUCCCGGGAGACCCAUCGCUCUCGUGGACGCUGAACUGCGAAGCGGGAGCCAUUCGUUUGUCGGCGCCUGCAGGGAUAUCGCUGCAGGCGGACGCGUACCAGAACCCGGCGACCAUUUCGGUUCACCACCACGCCACGGACACAGUGGAGGCCGUGGAGUGGUCGUGGUCGGAGGACCAGCUGGAGUUGCCGGUCAUGGCCCGUUCCGUCCAGCGGACCCUGAUCGACUUUGCCAAGGGCAACCCCGACGGUUACGUGUCGUUGGAAGACGCCGCCGGUCGGGCCAGGCAACUGGCUCGGUGGUUGGAUGGCUUUAACAAAUGAUAUUCUCAGUCGGUGGACGCACUUGUCAAUGCUGAUGCAUAGUGUGUGGCCCAGAUGAGUGCAUUACGUAGCUCAGAUUAAGACUCUGUUGUGGAUAGUGUUCAAUCCUAUUUUAUAGGUAUUGGUCAUGUGCGAUUUGAUAUAUGUGGUUUACCUGCUCGCUGCAAGGUAAAAGUAAAGGUUAUGCUGUCUCGUUCCUCAUAUUGUCCACAGGUUACGAAGAUUCAAGGACACUUAAAUGGCGGACAAAUGAGAGCUCUCGGUAGAAGGUAC